UAUUUCUCUAAUGCUUUUUUUUCAUCUUCACAUAUUUUUUUUUAAUUUAGUGGAUUCCUGAAACUUCGAUACGAGAACAUUGGCAAUGUUUUUACUGCAACUUGCAAUUUGCAAUAGUAUACGGUCUAUUUGUUGUGAAUGAAGGAUAUUAAAUCCAACUGAUGACCAUUAAACCAACAAGAAGUUCCUAUUUAACUUGUCGCGUUUAAUAAAAUUUUCUGGAACAAUUGGGCUGAAAAUGUAUUGACACGACGAACAUAUGGUACAUUUAUUUUUCCGUCAUACAUAUACAAUGUUUGGACUGCGCAAAUAAAAGAAGUCCAAAUGAAGUAUACCCAUAAAUACAUCUAUACAUCUGCGAUCGAUUGGAUGCGCAAAGCAAGGUGGCUUAUGAGAACAACAACAGCUGUAUCUAACGUUAACUAAAGUGAGGCAAAAAACGACUAGCAUAAAACAAUUUUACUUAAAAUACAUUUAGUAAUGCUAGCAACGAAUUCUGAUUAAAAAUAAGGAAAGGCGGAAAGGAUGCAACAGCGGAUAGUAGAUGUCAUGAGAGUUUUUGUACUCAGCAAAUUGCAAAUUAAACUAUUUUGUAUUUGUAUAUAUUAAAAUAUAAGUUAGCGCUAUGCACUAUUGAAUGGACUAUAUACAUAUACAAUAAACGCACUAUACGAAUUGAUUUAACUCUUCAACCAUACACUAACAAAGUCAACGGCAGUGAAGAAAGUCUGUGAAUUGCAUGUCAAAACGAAUAAAACUUUUUAUUGUGUAAUGAUUAACGGUGACAAACACACAGAUCUUGUUCCACUAGUCCUACCAACGCGCAGCCGUAGAAUCACAACGAAAAUGUUCAAAUUGCGUGAACGAAACUGUAUACUAGCGGUUGCCGUGCUGGUGCUAACUCCCUGUCUUAUCAUCUUAUUUAUCAUGGGUCCAGAACUAUCCACCGAGCAGUCAUUGUCACAACAAUUGGCCGAAUGUCGUUUCCGUCUACAGUACCUAGAAUCGAUGUAUCGAUCGCGGCAGGAAGAUGUGGCUAUACUUUCACAGUAUUUACAUCUUAGUAAUGCUACAAAAAUGACUUUGGCGUCUGUAGCGCCAUUUCCGCCAGUAAAUGAUAUGAACACGAGCACAUCGGCAAUGCCUGCAUCGGGUUUGCCAACUCUACUGAAAUCGUUAAGCCCGGAAGCGAGGCAAUUAAUUAAAAACGCAACACACUCACACACAACGCAGCGCUUCAGUUCAUCUGCUGUAAUACGACUGCCGACGUCCUACAACUUUCUUCCACAUUUACUCGAUGAUGCGGCAUCACUGCGUCCGGCUUAUAUACGUUCGAAGGGUCGAACAGAUGUUAGCAUUGUGUUAGGCAUACCGACGGUAAGACGUGAAAAGCAGUCAUAUUUGGUGAGCACAUUGCAGAACCUCAUUGAAAACAUGAAUGAAGAGGAGCAAAAUGAGACGUUGAUUAUUGUGUUCAUUGGCGAAUCAGAGGAGGAAACUGUACAUGCAAUCGCCAAACAAGUCGAGUUGAACUUCGAGGCGUAUGUUGAUUGUGGCCUCAUUGAUAUUAUAGCACCAUCGCCGUCGUAUUAUCCUAAUUUCGACACGUUGCGUAUAACACUGCAGGACUCUUUGGAGCGUGUGAAAUGGCGUAGUAAGCAAAAUUUGGACUUUGCGUAUUUGAUGUCUUAUGCACAAUCCAAAGGCACAUUUUAUGUCCAAUUGGAAGACGAUAUAUUGGCCAAAUCACAUUUUAUUACCGCUAUGAAGAAGUUUGCUAUAACCAAGAGUGCGCUAACAAAACCCGACCAGCCUUCGUGGUUUUUGCUCGACUUUUGUCAGUUGGGUUUCAUUGGUAAAAUGUUUAAAUCGGCCGAAUUGCCAUAUCUAAUUACAUAUUUCCAAAUGUUCUAUAAUGAUAAACCAGUCGAUUGGUUGCUACACUAUUUUAUCGAGUCGAAAGUAUGUCGCUCUGACAAAGAUCAAAAGCACUGCAAUUCGGAACGAGCCAAAUAUUGGCUGCACUAUCGACCAUCGCUAUUCCAACACAUUGGUACUAGUUCCUCUCUCAAGGGCAAGGUACAAAAAUUGAAGGAUAAACAAUUUGGUUCCAAAGUACCAGCAUUCCAUCCUCACAUGCAUAAUCCACCAGCAAGAGUUCGAUCGAAUAUUGUCGCCUACAAGAACUAUUUGCUAAAGCGUGCAUAUCGCGGUGAAACAUACUUUUGGGGCUUACUUCCUCAACCUGGUGAUCUGGUGCGCUUCAUAUUUGAAAAGCCAACACUACUACGACGUUAUCUCUUUCGUAGCGGUAAUAGUGAACAUCCAUCGGAUCGAUUCUACAACACUACCAUUGAAGUGUUACCUGCCAAUACUUUAAGCGAAAAUUCGUCCGUAUGGAGUGCGUACAAUUCUACAACGGAUGAGUUUCUCAUAGUGGGUGCAUUCGAUGCUUUCGGUGUCGCAGAGGGCGCAAUCGAUGUAAGAAUUGGCGCCAUCAAAGAGAUACGUUUGCAUGUACAUGGUGACAGCGAGAAUUGGGCACUUUUGAGUGAAAUCGAUUUGGAAACGAAUAAUGGUGCGCGCAGCGGGUCCGAUAAAUCUUCUACGAACAGCUGAUUGUUACAAUAUCCGAGCUAUACCAUCGCGGGAAACAUAAAAACGAAUCCAAGCUAAAAGGCGACAUUGGAACAUACUUUUCAUAGAUAGGCUUACAUCAACGAACUUCCACCAAGCGAAAUGGUAUGUAGAAGAACUGACUAACGAAAUGAAAUGAAUUAAAAAAUAUAUUGCUUGUUUCACUGAUGGUGGACCCAAACUGAAAUCAGAAGUAGUUUAUGCAAAGCGACAUGCAUAAAUGGGAUAAUGAAAAUAAGGUUUUGACCAAAUAAAAUUGAACAUAAAGUAUGUGCAUUAAUUAAAGCGUAAAAUUAUAAAGCAACUAUUGUAAAACACAUAGUUUAUAUAACUAUGAUAUCCUCUCUUUAAUUGUGCGUAACGUGUGACCUUAAUUUCACUGUUGUUUAUAAUUAAUUUGAUAUUAGUUGAUAAGCCGGAACGAUUUCGUGAUAUUUAUGAACCUUCUACAAAUUAGUUGUUUAAUAUAUUUUAUCUCGAAUAUAUAUAUUUUUUUUAAACUAACCAAAAUGUAUUUAAAAAUUUCCGUUUUAAAUUAACAACCCCUUAAAAUCAAUGGAGUAGUAAUUUUUAAUUAAAUGGAUAUGUACAAUUAUCAUUUUCAUAUACAUAUAUUUGUACAUAUACAUACAUAUGUAUAUAUGGAAAGUUUUCAAAAAGAUUACGUCUCUAUAUGCAUGAGUGCAUGCAUUUUGCCGAUUUUGUAAUCUUAAAGCUUAUAGCCAUAAAAUAAGGAAAAUGUGGAUCUGUGCCUAUGGGGUAGUUCCAAAAAUGCAUCAGGAUACGUUUAUUUGUAUUUAUUUAUUUGAAGGUAUCCUGAAUUUCCAUUACAUUGCAUUUGCAGGAAUCGAAAUCUGUUCAAGACCUAAAUUUCAAUGUUAAGAAGCUUUUUGAUUUCGAAAGUGAUUGUUUCCAUGCUAAAAGUUCUAAAAUUUGUUUUUGUUUUGCUUUCAAACCGGAGUACAGAACAAGUCUGUAGUGGAAAGAAACUUAUUUCUGUAGAAUUAUCGGAAUUCCCUAAGUUUAAUUUAUAAACAUACAUAGGUAUAUGUACAUACGAAAGAUGCGAAAAUAUUUUGGACUCUUAAGAUUUUCAUUUGACGUUAAAAAAGAUGAAAUAACAUAUGUACAUAUGUAAGGCACUAAUACACAAUAAAUAAUAUAUUCGUAUUGUAGAGUAUCAAAUACUUCAAUUCAUGACAGAAUAAAUAUUAGAUGGAAUUAAAGCAAAGAAUUAAAGCUUCGUGGAAAUCAUUAUAAGGGGCCAUAUUUUGCAAGUCCGUGUUUAAAUUCUACCAUAUCUAGCAUGUAGUCUAAAUAGCAUUGCAAAUGUUAAUAAAACAAUGGCGAAUAAGUGUUAUUACACAAGCUUUUCUUUUGCAAAAUACUCGUAAAUCAAAUCUUUUUGUAGAUAAUAUUCAGCUACUUAUGUACAGCAAAAUUUUUACCGUUCUGAAUUAAAUUUGUAUAAUUAUUUGGUACAAUUGAAUUAAAAACAUUAACAUUUAUUUGAACAUACUCGUAUAUAAAAACAUUUAAUAUAAUUGAACAAUUUCACUUUUACUCACAAUUCUCAGCGAUAAAGAAUAUAUAUGUAAAUAUAGAGUGGGAAGUUUCUAGCGUUGAUUUUGUAUUAAUAUGGUUUAUGUAUGUAGCUUCUGUUUUACUUGUUAUUAUCUUGAGUUUGGGAACGAAUUUUUUUAAUUAAUAAAUUAUUUAUUCGACAUUUGAAACUCGCGCGAAAAAAACAGAAUGUUAAUUUUUGAAAUUUUUAUAUAAAUUGCGGCCUCGUCAGGAAUGUACAUAUUAAAUGAAAAAUACAAUUUUUGCUUAAAUAAAUAAACAUCGCCUUUACUUUUUUAAUUACUAUUUUUAAGAAUAAAUCACCAUUAAUCAAAUUAAAUACAACUGUCUGGAUAUUUAAUCAUAUUUUGCGUCCCCUAAAUUUCUAAGAAUUUGUAUAUAACACUUUUUCAGCGGCGUAUGCCUUGACAAGCGUUUUAAAACUUUAAACAAAAACUAUAUUAUUAUUUAUAUAUAUUUUCCAUUCCAUAAUUUUUAAACGGGCAAACUAGCACCGUAAUUUUUAAUUUUAUUGCCACUAUAUUUAGUUAACUAAUUUCUAUUUCCAAAACAUUUGAUAUAAAACCUAUAAUUCCUCUUAAAAGGUGCCUAUAUUCAAAUCAAAGUUCAGAGCAUAAAUGUUGAAAUAUAUUUGAAUUCUAAAACAAUUUAUUCAUAUAAUAUAAUAUUACCUUGAAGGUUUGAAGUUAUGUUAUGAUACUUCUCGAAAUAGAGAAACGAUAUAAUUUGUUAAGAGUAUAUACGUAUUUUUAUAAGAUUUUCAUUGCUAUAACGCUCUCGGAAUAACCGACCUUCAAGUUACGUAAACUUCCAUCACAAAUUUUCUAACAUUGAUAAAACCACAGUACAGAAAGAGCUAGUUGUUGACUUUUUACAGAAAAAUGGUAUUCAGUGUAUAUUUCCAUAGUAUCAGGGGAAAUUGCUUCUAGUAUUAACUUCUUAGCGGAUAAAAGUAAAGAGUUUGUUUUAACGGCUAAUAUAUUGUAACCCUUACCGAUCCAAACUUGGUUAGAUCGCCGAAAAAACAGCCCUUGGUCGGAUGAAAUCCGAGUCAAUUCCGGUGUUCCGGUGCUAAUUAUUAUAUAUACAUAUAUAUAACAUAUUGUCUUGGGUUUCGCCUCCGUUUCGAUUUCAAAUUACAUUUUUAGCAUUUUUGAAAGCAAAAUUCAUUUAAUAUUUGCACUUUUCUCAACGUAAAAAUUAAUUACGAAAAUAUAACACUCAAAUUUACAAUUGAUAGCGAGAUCCUUUACCCUAAAGCAGAUCUCUAUAUUUGACUUGCACCAAAAUAGACUACUCACUGCUACUACAUUUCAGAGGUGGUAGUCAGCAAUAGUAAUAGUACUGUUAGUGUUUUUAACGCUAAACAGAAAACACGAGAUUUGGCUGAUAUUAUUUGAAAUAUAAAAUGUUCUCGAAUAUUUAAAAUAAGCGUAAUCCUAAAUAUUAUAAUAACCGCUUUUAUGUAAAAUUAAUAAUUCGUUAUUUGCAAAAGCAUUAUUAUUUUUUAAAUGCUUACAUUAAGUACGAAGUGAGGCUGGUAACACUAUUGUAGUUUUACGGAAAAAUUUGGCAACGAAAGUUUACAUUAUUUAUAUAAUAACACAAAAGGAGUAUAUGCGUAAAGUAAUAUUUGAAAUUAUUGAAAUGGGUUUGUAUGUGGAAAAACACGUGUGCAGAGUUCAACUUCGGAAUGGUCCACUAAUACAAAAAUAAGAACCAAAACAAUUUAAAAUGUAUAGAUAUAGAUAUUUAUUUUUUGAACAUUUAUUGUUAUAUAAACGAAAAUAAUUAAACCUUUUGUAUGAUAAUUUAUUUUCACUUGAAAGCUUUACAGCUUAAAUUUAAUUAAGAAAUAAUAAUAAAAAUCGGUGUAAAUAUAUAAAUUGUGUCAUAUGCUGUAUUGUAAAAUAACUCGAAACUUACUCUUAAAUGCUAUGAAAAUAUGUAUGCAUAAUAUUCUUUUUGAUGUCUGCUUUUAGCAACUGUCUAAUUAGCUGCUAAUGUUGUCGAGUUUCGAGUUAGUGAAGAACUAAAAUCACUUGAGUACAGUUUAUAUAUGUGAUUCAAACUUUUUACCAAAAAACCAAACAGCUUUCGAUGUAUAAAAUAUACGAGAAAUAUUCGACGCAGCUGCACAUACAGCGGCAAAGAAUGAAACAAUAAAUACAAUAAGAAUUGUUGGAAAACCCACAAAAAUGAGUUUUAUUCAAAUUCAGAAUAGAUGUCAGCUGCCUAUAUUUAUUGCAAAAAUAUCAAAUUGAAAAUACCACUUUCUAAUUUGUCAUUAUUAUUCAUAUACGUUUUUAAUCUUUAAAUUUAUUUUGCAUUCGUCGAAUAUGUUUAUAAAUAUGUAUGUAUAAUAAUAGUAAAUAGUUUUGAAGUUUAUGUAUUUGAAGUGUAACAUUUGAUGUUUAAUAACUUCGAUUAUAAUUAGAUAAUUUGUUUUUGUCGUUUUAAUAAAAAUACUUGGUUUUUAACAAUUAUUUUCAUGGUUUUUUACUUUGCGUUACAAAUUGCAUUUUUCUUUGUUCAGUUCUAAUCGAUUGAAUCGCAAGGGCAAAACGUAAAGCCUAAAAGCUUGCCACGAUCAGUCAAAGCGGCGUCUCGCAUAUGCAGCAAGUGUGCGCGCCCUUAUAUCUACUUCAUUUUCCAUAA